AUGAAACUAACGAGUGACCAAAAAUUCAUAGAAAGUAUUGAAGUUAUUUAUACACUUUAUGGUUCACUUCUAGACAAUUUUAAAGAACAAGCAUUGUCAUGGUAUGAUUUAUGGAAAAAUAAAGAAGUCGAACCCACCAUGAAAUUAAUUGAUAUUCUCGAUUACGCCAAAUAUUACCCAGUAGUAUGCCAAGCUAUACAAAUUGCAAUUACUUUACCUGUAACUUCCUGCUCAGUAGAACCAUCGUUUAGCACUUUACGCCGUUUAAAGACUUGGAUUAGAAAUAGGAUGGGAAAUGAAAGGCUGAGUAGCUUGGGGAGAUUGUCAUUACUUUUUGAAUAA